UUGCAGUUCUGCCCUCCAACAUGGUUGCCUUCUGCUAGGAAUCCCAUUUUUUGACACUUCUGAUAAAUUCCUACUUAUUCCUUUCAGUAUGGAACUAAAUGACAUCACUCUGCAGAACAAGAAAAUAAGCAAAGCAGAAAAGAAGUUGCGGCAAAAACAGAUGAAGGCCAGAUACACCUUACUAAAGCAUGAGGGUAUUGAGUGUGUAUCAUACCCUACUAAGAGUCUGGUUAUUGCCAAUGGAGGUCUGGGUAACGGUGUUGGCAGAUGCCAGUUGCAUUCUGUGGUAGAAGAAUGUGGACAAGUAGAAAGCCUCUUAAUGCCUCCUAAUAAGCCCUAUUCAUUUGUGCAGUAUGGAAGGACAACUGACUCCAAGCAAGCCUAUGACUCCCUCAAUGGAAAGGAACUAAUAUUAGACAACUCCAGCCAAAAGGUUGUCCUGUACUUCAACUAUGUAGAAAAAGUUCCUUGGGAAGAAAUGAGCCCUUCAGUCUUGCCCCCUGGCUUGAGAGUAAUUGAAGAAUUGGUUUCACCUGAAGAAGAAAAGAUGUUGCUGGAAAACAUUAAUUGGACAGAGGAUGAGGUCAUUCCCCAUGCUCAGAAGUGUUUAAAACAUAGGAGGGUAAAACAUUUUGGAUAUGAAUUUCGAUAUGAUAACAACAAUGUUGAUCGAGACAGACCAUUACCAGGAGGUCUCCCAGAUUCUUGUACCACAAUUCUUGCAAAAUGUCUGAAAAUGGGAUACAUUAACCAGAAACCUGAUCAACUGACUGUAAAUCAGUAUGAACCUGGACAAGGAAUUCCUCCUCAUAUCGAUACUCAUUCUGCUUUCGAAGAUGAAAUAAUAUCUCUAAGUUUAGGAGCUGAGAUUGUUAUGGAUUUUAAACAUCCUGAUGGACGCACCGUUGCAGUGUUGCUGCCUCAGCGGAGUUUGCUAGUGAUGUCUGGAGAAUCCAGAUACCUCUGGACCCAUGGCAUUACACCAAGGAAAUUUGACGUUGUUCAAGCAUCAGAAGGAGAGAAUGUUGGAAGCAUCACUGCUGACAUCAGAAAGUUAACCUUAAACAAAAGGGGAAAGAGAAUAUCUUUCACUUUCCGGAAAAUAAAGAGAACUCCUUGUUGCUGCUCAUUUCCUUCCGUAUGCGACAGUCAGCAUAAAGAGAGGGCGCCCUCGUUUCACAAUAGCAACAAAGACGCCUCUGUGCUAGAACAGAAGUAUGUCCACGAAGUGUAUGAAGACAUUGCCAGACAUUUCAGCAACACCAGGCAUAGUCCGUGGCCACAAGUGGUCGAGUUCCUUAAAGGCUUGCCACGUGGGGCUGUUGUGGCUGAUGUUGGCUGUGGCAAUGGAAAGUACCUAGGCCUCCGCAAAGACUUGUAUAUGUUGGGCUGUGACCGUAGUAAGACUCUGGUAGACAUCUGUGGAGAAAAGGAAUUUCAGGCUUUUGUGUGCGAUGCACUCACUGUGCCAAUACGGAGUGGUUCUUGUGAUGCUUGCAUAUCCAUUGCGGUCAUCCAUCAUUUUUCAACAGUGGAGAGGAGGCUGGCUGUGCUCUGUGAACUAACUCGGCUGCUGAGACCUGGUGGAAAAGCACUUGUUUACGUUUGGGCCAUGGAACAGGAAUACAAGGAGCAGAAGUCAAAGUAUCUGAAAGGGGAAAAAACUAGCGAUAAAAGGCUUGGCAAAGCUGUCAGCGACACGCUAAAAAAAACAGGCAGCACUGAAUGCCAAGGUUUGGCACAGCCUAGCAAGGGCUGUAAUCAGCCUAAUGGGACGAGCAACAGUCCAAACCAGGGAGUUCCUGCCAGCCUUCCAGUUCAUACAAAUAGAACUUCCUUUGAAACUCAAGAUGUCUUGGUCCCUUGGCACAUGAAAGAUGGGAUAAAGAAAAAGACAAGACAUGCCAAGCUUUGUCAGCCUCUGGAUGGCUCUACCUAUGCUCCAGAACCCAACCCUGUUUUUCACCGCUAUUACCACGUCUUCUAUGAAGGUGAACUGGAACAGCUGUGUAAACAACUAGACUGCAUAAAACUGCAAGGAAGUUACUAUGACCAAGGAAACUGGUGUGUGGUUCUUGAAAAGCAGUGAUGCCUUCACAGUUCCACAGAGGUAGCUGUGUCUUGGAUGGGAUUUAUUGAUAAAAUUAUUUCCAUGGGUAUUUCUAAAACAUGGUUGGUUACCAUGUUUACAUUUGGCUUUUGGUGUUGUGUUUAUAUUUUUUUAAAAAUAAAUACCACUUUUACAUGCUGA